GGGGAAAUAAAAAUCUCGCCUUUCUUCCGCGUAGCGUCGUCGGGGGACGAAGCCGAGGCUCGCGAAAGGAAUUUUUUUUUCUCUGGUCGAGCGGAGCGGAAGGUGUGGGGAGAGAGAUGGCGGGGAAGGGAGGGAAGGGUUUGCUCGCCGCGAAGACGACGGCCGCCAAGUCGGCGGAGAAGGACAAGGGGAAGAAGGCCCCCGUCUCCCGCUCGUCCCGCGCCGGUCUCCAGUUCCCUGUUGGCCGUAUCCAUCGCCAGUUGAAGCAAAGGACACAAGCAAAUGGACGUGUUGGUGCUACCGCAGCGGUCUACUCUGCUGCUAUUCUGGAGUACUUGACGGCUGAGGUUCUGGAACUCGCUGGCAACGCUAGCAAGGAUCUGAAGGUCAAGCGUAUCACUCCUCGCCACCUGCAGCUGGCCAUCCGUGGAGACGAGGAGCUCGACACUCUCAUCAAGGGCACCAUUGCUGGUGGAGGUGUCAUUCCUCACAUCCACAAGUCCCUGAUCAACAAGUCCUCCAAAGAGUGAAGAUUUAGGACAGGACAGGAACAUCUUUUAGUUUAAAACUGGACUUUCUCCACAUCCGUGUGCGAUGAGCCCUAGUUCACCGUGUAGGUUUUAGUUAAGCAUUUCAUAAUCAUCCAUCCGUGUAAUGCUUUCAUCGUGCUGCUUCAGUCAUUCGGAGAUUGUAUUUGUGGUUUGCUUGUUAAACUUUGAUCGGACACUAGACCUUAAUGCAAACUUGUUCCCUUGGUUUUAA